AACUUUUUGUACAAUAUAUGAUUUUGCAAACCAAAUGAACGUUGAAAAUACUCUUUCCGUCCACAUUGCGGCAUAAAGUUUGGCACUUGUUCAACGCGCGUCGUUUACAGCCUUAUAACAUUAGACGGAUCACACAUUGGGUGUAUUAUUUAGACACGAGAUCUUUCUCACGGAUGAUGAUUCAUGACUUUAUACAUAUAUGCUGAGGGACUUCGCAUGCAAACACUUGGCUCAAUAAAUACAAACGCUAUUGCAUUCUGGGAUGUGGCUGACAUAAGACUAUGGCGACUCUAUCCUCUGUGUUCACUGAGAAGGAAAAGACAAACUGGCUGAAGGCGUGGCUAAUAAUUGACUUUGCAAAGUCUGGUUUAGAACAAUUUGUGGGGAGCGAGGCUAUCACCUUUCACGCAAACAUAUACAACACUGUUUGGUUAAGUAUUCAGUCGCGUACCACGUGUUCAGGCUGUCACACUGCAAACUUGGUGAAAUGCCCAACACGAGGCGUAUGCAAUAAUCGAGGAGCAAAUAACACAUGUAAAUCAAUGCAUGAUACCUUGGCAAAACAACCAUGACCAUGUCCUGUUAAUGUGUGUAAUAAAGUCCAUGACGAGAUAGUUAAGCAGCAUAAAUUUAACAAACCGUCAUGGAAGAAUACGAUGGCGCAAUAAUGGACAGCAAAUCCAUGGCAAUUGGCCAAGGCAUAUUUUCCUCCAGACGGAUAUGCCGGAAAUACUUCAGUUCAAGAUACAGACUUCAACGGAAUCAUCAGUUUUAUGAUGAACUGCAAACAUUUUGACAACAAGUUUUCAUUCCCAAUAGCUCCAGGAAAACACAAUCCUCCAUGUGUGCUGACAAAAGCGCGAGAAAUUGGCAGAACGGUCCGUCAUUCAUCUCAGUGUAAAGUCACAGACACAGAUCUCCAAGACAUUUUCAUAACAAUGACAAGCUUGCUGACAGACCCAGUUUGUCUAACAAAUGACGUCGCUGCACAGGAGGCUGUGAAGAAACUAGCAGAGCUGGAAAAGGACGUAUUAAAGAUAACCACGGAGGAAAUGAUUCAUUUACUAGAGGCGGCUCAAGAUACACUAAAGAAAGCUGAAAAUAUUGCUGAUCAAUCUUUGGAUGAGAUGCAGAUUCAUCUUGAAAAGUGUAGAAAGGAGCUUAAUUCACACACGGACAAAUGUAAACAGACACUCGAUGACCACACUGCCAAGUGUACAAAUGCUAUAGAUGAACAUAUUAGCAAGACUGCGGAAUCGACCUUUGAGCAAUCUUGUGAAGCCAACGAUGCUAACUGUCGGACAAGGCUUAUCUGAAAUGCUGAUGUCGUCAAGAGCGAUGUCACCUGUAUAGCCGUUGCCCACAGAUGCUUCGAAAAUGACCUGAAAAUGCAAAAGCCUAAAUUAUGCGUCAGUAUAUUGAUAUAUUGAACAAUAUAAGAUAGCUUUUUAAAUGAAAGUAUACACUUU